AUGGCCACCGACGAGAAGAUCAAGCGGUACCUCGACGUCGUCACGAGCGACAAAUCCAAGAUUCUCGAACUGAGCUAUGACGGCAAGGUCUUGCAGCCGGGUCAACACAUUGCUCGUUCAGAUGCCAAACUUCCUCCGACGCUGUCCUUUGCGGUUCCUUCCCGUGCGGCGACUUACAUGGUGAUUUGCAUCGAUCUCGACGGUCCGUACCCGAGCUUAAACUUCCUUUCGCCCAUCUUGCACUGGAUUCAACCGGGCUUCAAACCAUCCGCUGGGUCAAAGGUCUUGACCUCGAGUGACCCAUUUGUCGCAAACUACGUCGGUCCGGGGCCCCCACCAGGGAGUUCGCCUCACAGAUAUGUCUUCCUACUCUACGAGCAGCCGGAGGGUUUCGAUGGCACCAAGCAUGCGCCUCCAGGUGGGAAGGAAUAUAGUAACCUUGCUCGAAAGCGGUUUGCGCUGGGGGACUGGGAGAAGAAGGUCAAUCUGAGCCACCCAAUAGCUGUGAACUACUUUGUCAGUAAUUAG